GAUUGAAUGGAAAGAAAGAUCCAUAAAUUGCUUAAACUAUCAACAAGUUAUCUUUUGGCUACGGUUUAUCUGACGAAUUCUAUUAAGUACUUGGUCCAUUAAUUGACCUUUUCCUCAAUGUAUUGAAGCUUUUUGAGAUUGGAAAACGAUUUGUUAUGUAAACGGUACCCGUUUUGAGUUUUGUAGAAUGGCUACCUCGCCAACCUCUAGAUGAAUGUCGCCGAUGGUUUAAAAAUGUCGUCUGCUUAUAAGUCACGUGAUUUAAAUCCUCCCGGCAAAGUGCCAACGAUAGAACUUGGCUACCCUGCAGUCGUACUUUUUACCUUCAGUCCAAGUGAGAAAGAAUCUAGCGAGAUCCCUGUUUUAGAGGGAGACAUCGUGCAACUUCUAUACAGCAUUGGAGGAUGGGUGUUUAUUCAAACUUAUGAAGGAAAUGUAGGGUAUAUUCCCCUUGACUUUUGUGGGGAGUUGGAAAGUUCCAAAGAGGUCGGAUCUGUGUUCAAAAAAGAUUUUCAGAAGGAUUGCUACCCUGGACCCACUCAUCUAGGCCACGAAGAUGUGACUGAUUAUCGCUUUAGGUUAGAUCAAACUCGGGAAGCUUUCCCACCAAGAAAAAAUUCUGAAAGUUUAAAUGACAAAUUAAGUUGUAUACAUGAAAGUUUAAUAAAUCGUGACGACCGCGUAAACAGAGAGUCAAAACAUUGGAGUUUUUAUACAGAACACGGGUUCAAUACAACGGUCUUUGAAACAAGACAGCUAAACUCCUAUAGUUCUGACAAUGAGCUAUCCUGUUUGACGCAGUCGCUGUCGUGUGACAUAUGUAAUGCAUUUCUGUCUCGGUUGAUCUCCGGAGUUCACAGUUUGGCCAUAACUGAUAAAGAAAAAGCGGAUUUGAAAUCUCGAAAGCUACUUAAGCUAUUGCAAAGAGCGACACAAGAAGGUCUGAAUUUGAUUUCCAAUAUAAGAUAUUUAACUGGAUACGGACAGAAGUGUUGUGUUGGAUUUAAAGAGAAUGGAAUUAGCUCUGGUAAUGACCUGGACCACGAGCCCGUGCCAGAGUUUGGUGCGCAAUGCAUGCAAUGUGAAAUUUUAAGGGAAUAUUUUAAAUUGUCGGAAAAAUACUCCAUGACGGAUUUAUACGCUACGAUUCGGGAUCUGCAUAUCCACGCUUUAAGUGAUUCAGAUUCCGAUCCCGACUCUGGAACUCAUAUCAAGUCUGCAUCGUCAAAGAAUGACUCGUCUAAAACGUGGGCCUCAAAACACGAAGAACCAAAAUCAAGAAACGCUGAACUAUUCUUAGCUUCGAAAUCUCCCAAUGAAAUAAAGAGAAGCGUUUCGUUUCAACUGGAAGAUAGGACUAUGAUUAAGUCGGAGAUCAUAAGAAACAAUUCUUUUUCGGGGGAAAUUCAUUUUGCAAAGUCGAGUGAAGAGAAAACCGACGGAACGCAGAACAGAGAGUCUUUGCAUUCGGGAUAUUCUCAAAAGACUGUAGACUCGGGCAUAGCGGAUGUUCACGAUGACCUUGAUUCGAGUUUUCACUUGGAGCACAGGUCGGAGUCUGUGGAAGAUAAGGACGAGAAUUGCAAUGACAGAAAGGACACAGCCUCGCCUUUGAUCCAGUUAGACUCUAGUAAGACCCCUGACACGUUUGAAGGUUCCGGGGUGUAUGGGUUUCAGGCAUUGCUUCACUCGAAAUCGUCCCUCUCACCGCGCAUUUCCUCCACUAAACCUAGUGCCCAAAGAACGCCACGAAAUGAGGCUACUGUGAAAAGACAAGAUGCAUUUAAGCAAAAAACAACCCCCUUUCUCGGGAAACCUUCCCCGAGGGAGAGUUUUCCUGCUCCUAUUGUCGAACACAAAGCUUCCUUUCAACCAUCUGUGUCCAAAAUGUCGUUCUCACAACGAACAUUUGACAAAUCAAAAACUCUUUCUGAAAUGGAGCUUUCAGUGUCGGGCGCUGGGCCGCCCUUAAUUAAACUAGACGAGGCUGUCACAAAAACGGAGGGGGAUCAAGUGAAGCUUCCUGUCAUGCGCGGUAGUGGGGAGGAGGCUGGGGCUGCUGACAAACGGAAAAUAUUAGCUAGACGUUUCCAGUCCAUGAAAAGCCCUCCGGAUCUGCGCCAGUCAGCAGAUUUCACACGGAGGGACGAUAAAGACAUCAGGAAAUCGUUGCAUGAUCUCUCCCAAGUCAAAAGAACAUCUAGUGUAAAACCAGCUCCCAUGCGCGCGCAGCAUUCGAUACCAAUUCAAACUUCACAAAAAGACGGUACCACCGCAAAAACAGUGCUAGUGAAAAAGUUCAACAAACAAAUGUGGCGACCCCCCGUUGGGAGCCCCGAGGGUUCCGAUCAAAGACCCUUCUCUCCAUUUGGAGGAACUCUGCCACCGUCAAAAAUAAAUAAAAAGAAAGUCCACGAAGUGUUUGUUUGAGGAGAAUGGCGGCAUCUUGUGAAAUAUUUUAACCCUUAAGGCCACGGAAUUUUCAGAUUUGGGUCAAAGUCAUCAUUGAUGUGUUGAACAAUAAACCAAUGACUGAACAAAUGAUUUUCAUUUGGCAGGGACUUCAUAAUGACAUUUAUACAUAGUAUGAGGAUAUCGUUCUACAUGGACUUUACUAAGCCAUAUUUCUUUGUAGUGCCAAUGCAACUCGUGUGUGAUACAUUUACUCCGUCCACUCAUUCAUGCAGUGAGAUGUCCAUCUUAAUUAUAAUAUAUUUUUUAAAAUACUGAUAUAACUGGUUAUGCAUAUGUAUUUGUAUUUCAUAGCUGGUUUUUAGUGUAGAACGAACUGUUCGUCGAAACAUUCUACCAUAUAUGGUUACCAAUGAUCAGUGAUGUUCAGCAAACAACUGUUAUUGUGAUUGCAUUUGUUGGUGAUGUUAUUGCAUCGCAAAUAGCAAAAAUGAUACUACAUAGCUAGCUUUAGACGGUAAACAAAAAACUGGAAUAUAGGUAAAAAAAAAGAAAGAAAAGAAAAGAAAAGUUUAUAAGACAUGAUGUAAUGGAAUUCAGUUUUACCGAAUCAGCCGUUGGUCUGGUCGGUUUUAAAAUUUGCUGAUUUACCGCUUGUGACAGGUUUUGAGAUCUGACCGAUUUACCGGUCGCGUGACUGGUAUUGAUAUCGUAUCGAUAUAUCGGUCGUGGGACCGGUGUAGGAUCGUAUCGAUAUACCAGUCGUGUGACCGGUGUAGGAUAGUAUUAAUGAAUCGGUCUUGGGACUUGUUUAAGAUCGUAUCGGCUAAUCGGUCGUGAGACCUGAUUAAGAUCGUACCGAUUAACCGAUUGUUUGUUACUCUGUGAUAACGAAUGGAUUUUUACAUUGUGAUAUUGUUGGCUAUUUAUUAUACUUUAUCCUCUUGGAGGAGAUGGUUAUUGUACAUACGGUUUUAAUUUAUGUUAACAUAUUUAUUGCAUUAAAUUGUUAGUUAUUCUAA